AAAGGUUGAAAUGGAAAGGAACAUUAGGUGGGGCGGUCACCAACUUGGACAAGCUAAGCUACCCGCCAAUUACAAUAAAAAUAAUCUCUCUAUCUUUGUCACGAUUCCAUAAAGUUAUUAGAAUAGUCGAUUAGGUCUUUAAUUGUAUGCGAUCCCAAUAUGGUAGAAUAGAAAGCUGACUCCUGAUUUUUCUUUUUCUUGAUUUUUUCGCUCCUUCAUAUUUCUUGUUUUUGAGUUGGAUUGUCACAUCUGUAGAAUUAAGAUAGGCAAAAUCCGCUGGAUUUCAACGAGCAUAAGAGGAAAACACGUCUUCACGAGAUAUUGUCCAUAAAUGUACUUUAUGGUUCGAUUUUUUUCUUAUUUUGCCAGUUAUAGCUGUUAUUUGGACAUAUUUUGCUAAUUUGUACUCCACCAAAGGGAUUAUUAUGCUCUUUAUUUUUUCCAGUCAGUUAUCAUUCCAUUUGCGAGAGAGCUUGCGUUUUGUGUUGGAGAACAUAAAAAGUUGUGCCCUUUUACUUGUUCCAAAACUAUUCGUCUGAAGACUUGACCAAGGAACAUUUUUAGUUUGAUUUUUCUCUUGAAAAGAAGAGAAAAGAAGGAAUAAAAAUUAUGGCACCCCCAACAUACUUCCCUCUGAGGUGGGAAAGCACCGGAGACCAGUGGUGGUACGCAACACCGAUCGAUUGGGCAGCUGCUAAUGGACACUACGACUUGGUACGGGAGCUUCUGCUCAUCGACGGUAACCAUAUCAUCAAGCUGACUUCCCUCCGUAGGAUCCGACGGCUGGAAACCGUGUGGGAUGAUGACGAGCAGUUCCACGACGUGGCCAGGUGUCGCUCGGAGGUCGCAAGGAAGCUGUUGGCCGAGAGCGAAAUGAAGAAAAGUCGGAAUUCCCUUUUCGGUUGCGGAUACGGUGGGUGGCUUCUGUACACGGCCGCAUCUGCCGGUGACUCGGCUUUUGUUCGGGAGUUGGUGGAUAGGGACCCGCUUCUUGUUUUCGGGGAGGGGGAGUAUGGAGUGACUGAUAUUCUGUAUGCUGCUGCCAGGAGCAAGAACUCAGAGGUGUUUAGGCUUGUUUUCGAUUAUGCAGCUUCACCUAGGUUCUCGCAGCAAGGUGGGGGGGAGGUGCCAUCGGGUUAUAAGCUGGAGAUUAUGAAUAGGGCGCUCCAUGCGGCGGCCAGAGGGGGUAAUUUGAGGCUGUUGAAGGAGCUUCUCAGUGAUUGCUCGGAUGAUGUGUUGGCAUAUAGGGAUAAUCAGGGGGCCACGGUUUUGCACGCGGCGGCUGCUCGUGGUCAGGUUGAGGUGGUAAAAGAUCUGACAUCCUCCUCCCCUGACAUAAUCAAGUCGACAGACAACCAAGGUAACACCGCCCUGCACGUGGCCGCCCACAGAGGCCACCUGCCCGUGGUCCAAGCCCUCAUCCUUUCAUCCCCUUCCUCCAUCAACGCUACAAACAACGCCGGCCAAACCUUCCUCCACACUGUCGUCUCCGGCUUCCAAACUCCUGGUUUCCGGCGAGUCGACCGCCAAAUCAAUCUCCUCAAGCACCUGCUUGGCAGCCAACUUUUCGACAUAGGCCAGAUCAUCAACGCCAGGGAUGGCAACGGCAGGACGGCCCUCCACCUUGCCAUCACUGGCAACAUUCACUCCGACCUGGUCGAGCUUCUCAUGACUGCCCCAGGCAUCGACGUCAAUAUCCGCGACUCCAGCGGCAUGACCCCUCUCGACGCCCUCCGGCAGCUACCCCACUCCUCGUCUUCCGACCUGCUGACGAGGCAGCUGAUGUCAGCCGGCGGGAUUUUUAGCUGCCAGGACUACUCAACCAGGAGGGCAAUCGCGUCCCACAUAAAGAGGCAGAGCAUAGGAGGCAGUCCUGGGACUUCCUUCAGAAUAAGCGACAUCGAGAUAUUCCUUUACACGGGCAUGGACAAUGCGUCUGACGGCGUGGGGCCUGGAAAUUCCUCUCCUCAAGUUAUUAGUCAUCACGACUCAAAUGUGGAGACGAACAACCAUGGCAGUAGCAGUAGUAGUAAUCUUCCGCGCAAAGCAAAUAGUGCGACUGAAAGGCUAAAACGGUUUCUCCACUGGCCGAGGAUGAGGAAGGGGACAGUCACCGAGAGGCUCAAGAAAUUGGUGGACGAGACGUGUCCAGAGAAGGCGCCUGUGCCCUUGCGUGAGAGGUUUUCGAACAACAAGCGGACGCUCUCUGUGAGGAGCAAUGUGCCGAGUCCGGCGGCAAAGAAGAAACUGGCCUCGGGAGUUAUGCACGGCGUGAUGCAGGCCAUUCCAAGUUUCGCGGGGCACCACAGGUCGAGGUCGAGCUCCUUCUCGAAACUGUCAAUGUCUUCUCUGAGUUCAGUGGAUACUCAAAAGGGGGGAGGUCAGCAUGAAAAUGAGAUUGUAAAGGCUUCGUGCUCGACUAGUGUUGUGAGCGAUGAUAUAUAUUGUGGGGCUAAAAACCACAAGAAGUUGAUGAACCAGUACCUCUGCUUUGGUGGUCCGACACAACAUGUUGAGGUACCCACCAGCAACCUGCAGCCGUAUGAUAUUUACGAGCGAUCUGUUUUGUCGGCAGCUUGAUCGAGAGGUUUGGAGUUAUUGCAAUAGCUUUUGUACAAUGUGAGUUGGAUCCUUUGACCUUAAUGAUUGAAAUCGCGUGUAUUUUUCUUGCUGUUAAACUUAUGUUUAGGAUCUUGUCCAGCUGGGGAUUAGUCCUCACCUCCUUAAACAUUUUGGUAGUCUCAAGUGUGAUUGGACAUUCCUAAUUAAUUCUCCUGCUUCAAACAAGUAUGUGUAGAUGAAUGUGGAUAGUGUCGUACACAAACAACACUCUAUGUUUCAUAGCAAAAUAGCCAUCAUACAGAAACAACAAGAGAAGCACUUCCAGUACAAUUCACCCGUAAAAGCUUAAAGUUUCCAAAACUCUAAAAUGAUCAUCCCACAGAGUUAAGAACACUGCAACACCAUAUUCUAAUUGCAACAAUACAACAAAAAUGACUGCAUUCAUAUAUAUAUUUAUAAAGAUGGUGCCUUUGUCAUUUCAAAUAUAACAUUUCUUUCUUUUCGUUUUUUCUACCUUUCUUUCUUUCCAACUCCCAUCUCCCUUUCUCUAAAGAACUCAAUCCAGAGAUUCGAAAUCCACAAUAUGCUAACUGAAAUCGCGGUCACAACCACAAAAACCCAAGAAACCCAAACCCAUCUCGGUAUCACGCUAUCAACAGCCCCGCUCAGGUAAAACGCAAACAUCCGGUAAACAAAACAAGGACCAAGAAAGCCCCUGACAAGAGAGUAGAGAACAUAAAACGGAGGGGACAAAAGAUAAUACACCUUGGCAGCAACUUUGAAAUCCGGUCUCCUCGCACGAGCCAGAGUCCACACAUUCUGGCACAAGCUCGUGGCCUCUGCCAAAAUGAGGAGCACGAGUAUCGGAAAAGCCCCGUGGUAAACCAAAUAGCGGCAGGUGACGAACACGAACAGGGUGGCCAGAUGGUGGGCGAUGAAGAGGAGGUCGGUCGGGUAGAAGGUUAGGUAAUGGACAAGGUCCAUGAGGAAGUAGGCAAUGCUGUAAUCGAGGACAAGGUUCUGGAGGGAGCUGUUGGGGGAGUGGAAAUCGCGGGUCGGGUCGGAGAGGAUUGCUCCGCAGGCCAAGAACACGGCGGGGGUGCCGUGAGCUAGGGAUAUGGCGCAGCUCGAAGCUUCAGGCCGGAGGUUUCGGGCCCAGGAGCGGAAGAUGAUGAAAUAGGCAAUGAGGUAGAGAAUGAAAUAAAAUGUGAAGAAAAGAGGAAGGGCAUUUGAAAUUGGUAGUGAACCUAAGGUAUCCAUGGGAAUUGAAUAUGAAGCUAAGGUUUUAGGGGUUUUGGAGCAAAGAAUCGGGAAAGAAGUUGAGGAUUAUAUUUGGGAGAAAAUUGGUAAGAGCGGUUGGGUCGAGGUUGCCGUUUGGUGGCUACCCAGACGACAUUUUCCGCCCUCUCUCUUUU